CGUAGAUCUGGCCGAGUCGCUCCUGAGAUGCGCCACCCCGGGCCUCCCCCACGCCGCAGAGUCGUCCCCCCUCGGCGCCGGAAGCUCCAUCCGCUAGAUACGGGUCAGUUGCAGGAUGGGAACCCCUCGACUCCGCUCGAAAGACGACUCCGUUCGGGGGCGCGUCGUCGGCGGAUCCCUGCCGCGCCUCGACUCGAGGACGGGCAGGAAGAAGUGACAUCGUCACUUCAUCGCCAAGUAGCGUGGAUCGCGAGCUCGCAGGGUUUGGAAGCGGAAAAACGAAAAGGGGGGAUGACCGACACGAAUAGCAGCGGCAGCUCGCCUCCCCAGGCAGCGGCUGAUGCAUCUCUCCUCGCCACGAAUCCUCCCGCCGCCUCUCACCCAUCGCACAGUGUCACACUCACCGAGGACGACAAGCCCAGGCCUGCCGCAGCACAGGAGAAUCAGCCCCAGCCUCAGUCUCAGCAGAGCAUUGCCAAGCCGAUGACCGAGUCAGAAGCGUUUGCUAUCGAGAGGGAGGAGGGCGAGUUGAGUGACGACGAGGCACCCGAGUGCAUGCCCGAGGCGGCCUCUCACAGCGGUCUCUGCGACACUCAUGUCGGUGAAUGCCAACCUGCGUCGCACCCGCCACCCAGCACCCAGCAGCACUGCGACCCUGCCCUCACAGUUCCCCCACCCCCCCGCACCAGCAGUGACGACAGGCGCGGCACCACCAGCAGCAGCAGCAGCGGGAAGAGAUGCGAGCCGCCGCCAACAACGCGGCAGGAGGGCUCCAAGAAGAAGCGUCGCAACACUGCUGCGGCAUUGUCGGCUGGUGCUGCUCCUGCUGGUGAUGGUGCCCCAGCGGGCAUUGCCAUCAAUCACUUGGAGACCUGUCCGUGGGAGAGCGGCCAUUUCGAUGAGGAUGGUCGGGACGGUGGGAGGGGGAGGGGGAGGGGUGGUGUUGGGGCUGGUGGGCCGCUGAGGUCUGCGCGGUUCGGGUGGGUGUAUCCGCCGCCGUGCCAUCAGAUGGAUGUCGACGACCUGAGUAACGAGCAACUGCGGUGAGCGAAAGCAUUAAAGGGAGGUGGCUGUGUCUGUGGGUGUGGUGAUAUAUGGCUGGUCUGGUUGUGUGGCUGCUUUGGUUGUGGGUGGGUGCAGCUUCUUGGUGGCCUACACGACUGCGCGUCUGCUUGCGUGUUUCCCAGCGGGCACCCUGACCGUCAAGGCCAUCAUGCGGCACCUCAACCGAAUCGCCAACCGGCUGUUCAGGUGACUGACUUAUCAGACACCAGCACCACACACACGCACACACACACAGAGAGAGAGAGAGAGAGAGCCAGCAAACUGAACGAACAAGGGGUGUCUGUCUGUCUGUCUGCCUGUGUGUCUGUGUCAGGCUAACGAGCCGGUCGGUCGAGGCCCGUCUCACCGACGUGAGCACCAGCUGCCUGGGCCCUCUCCCCACAGCCCUCGCCCCACUGCACCGCACCGUCUUCGAAGUCUGCGGCCCUCAGCACGCCCCCGCCGGCAGCGGCACCAGCAGCAGCACCAGCAACACCAACUCCGCCACCAUCUCUCUCACCCGGCGGGUCAGCGAGCUCGAUUUCGCCGAGUGGGACAGCAGGAGGCACCUCCCCGCCAAGUAUGAAGGACCCAAGUACCUGAGGGGCGAGGGAGGCGGUGACGACGAGCGUGCGAGGAUGAUGGAGGAGAUUCAGUCGUGGUGGGUGCGCAUGUUGGGGGAGUACCUGAGAGGCAGGACCGAGCGCCGGCCGUGCAGCAUGGACAUGGCGGAGCAGGCCUGUCCGAACCCACUGCCGUCGAGUCCGUCGUCUGCCGCCUCGCCGUCGGCUCUCCCAGCGCUGCCCGCGUUGAAGCACUUCGUGAAGUCGAAUCCUGUGUGUCGGGAGCGGUUCACUCUGUCGAGUGGUGCGGGUGGGCGGCAGUUUCUGAGGCUGGCUGACGUGGCGCUGGCGCCGGACAGCACGGCCAAGGAGUGGCUGCGACAGGUGGGGGAGUACCUGCAGAAGACCCGCCGCCGAGAGUGGAUCGGUGAGCACACAGACGUGCACACCCGCUCACCUACACACACACAUACGACCUCUCUGUCGCUCGCUCUCUCCUCUGUGUGUCUGUGUGUGUCUGUGGCCACCAGGGUCUCUGGGUCAUCACUUCCCCCGUCCGGCAGGGCUGUCCAAGAACAACCGGCUGGGCCAGCUCAUCCUCGCCAACCGCCACCUGUUCACUGUCGACUUCGACGACAAGCAGAGCAGCUUCAUGGUCGGCCUCAAGGGCCCUCGCGACCAGUGGGACCGACUCAUCGACACGGAGAACGUCCGACUCAACGCCAACCCUCCGCCCCCUCCCCCUGCCCCUUCUUCGACGGCAUCAUCAAAGGAGGCUCAGUGUUCCCGAGCGCCUGGGACCAAAUUCCCGAUGCCGAAGAUCUUGCCGAUCCCGGUGGCGGUGAGAGAGAGGAAAGGUCCUCCCUCACCUCCACCAGAGCCGUCGAGGGCAGAGGGUGAGGCGAACGAGGCGAAUGAUGCCGACGAGGACAUGGAUGUGGCGUCAUUGUGGGCGGAGGGGAGGAGGGACGACCACCAUGUGCCAACGAUUCCAGCGAUUCCAGCGAUUCCGCCCCCCGUCUACCCAUCACCACCGCUACCGCCAGCACCACCGGCCAUGGGGGCCAUCGGCGCGUCCUCUCCAGUACACCCCAUGCCCAUGCAUCCCCCCUCUCCCCGCCCCUCCCAUGGCCCCCCGUCUCUCAUGCCUCCAUCCUUCGACACGGGCCCGAUGCCGCCACCGCCCCCACCACCAAUGUCACUGCCGGCUUGGCCGUCCUCUCCGGGGGCGUCGAUGGCGUCAGCCGGCGUAGGGUCUUCAUUUCCCUUCGCAAUCCAUGGGAUGCCCUCCCCCAGCCACGCCUCUGCGCCGGCUCCGGCAGCUGCCCCUAUGGUGCCUCCUCUCGCGGCCGAGCUGGUGAAGGCCAUCGUUCAUCCGACUCAGGCGGCUGCGGGUGGCGGUGGUGUGCCAGCCGCAGGCAGCUCCCCGGCCGGUGGAGUGCAGCCUGACCUGCUGGAUGCGCUGCGGCUGCUGGUGUCGGCAAAUGGCGUUGCUGGGCUUGGGGGCGGGGGUGUCGGGGGUGGUGGCGUGACCUUCGGUGAUCAUGUUGGUGCUGGUGUUGGCAGCAACAGCAAUAGCAGCACUAGCAGCGGCCAUGGUGUGCCGAACGCUGCUGACGCCAUCCAGUUGUUGUCGUCAUUGAUUCAGAGCAGGCUGCAGCAGUCGGUGACGCCCAGAUAAGACGGACGGACAGAUGGGUCGAUCGACCGACUGAAUGAGCGACAGGGGGUGCGGUGUGCUUGUGCUGGGUGUGAGUGGUUGAGUG